AUGUCCAAAUUUGUCUUGCUACUAUCAAUUGAUAAAGCACGAUUUUCGGUGGUCAUCGUGAAUAACAGACAUAUGAAUAAUAUUGUGCUUGUCUUGAUUUACAAAGUGAUUCUGUCUAAACUUUCACAAAAGUUCAAGUCGUCUCGAUCUCUAUUUAAACAAUCUUUUCAAGUGUGUGUCAGUACUAAGUCCUCCAGAGCACAAACAGCAUCAAUCGUCUGGGUCUCUGAAUACUUACUGUGCUCUUACUACUGCGUUACAAGAAAAAUAGUAUUGCAGGCUGUAGCUAUAAUGGCUCUACUCCGGGUCAAUUGA